ACAGAAAAUAAAAGCGAAAAUGAUGCUGCCAGCUGAGUAAUCAUAAUUAUUGUGAUCAUAUUCCUUCGUGGUUCGUGUGAUUUCAAUGCAAAAGUUGGAUGUUGUAUUAUUUUGGAACGCGUCUCUGUGCUUUCUGUUUCUAUUGCGAUUUAAUAUUAUUAAUAUUUGUAAGUGAAAUAUAAUAAAUGAACGGAUGAAUAAGGAAGAUGGUUUGUUUGGAGGGGACGCUCUGUGUACUACGAUUCAAUUGAAAGGAAAUUAUUGGACAAUGAGUCAUCAACAGAUGUCAUUCGCUUUUUCUGUGUAGUAAAUUUCAUUUAAAAAAGCUAGUUUAAAGUUAUAGAAAAUGACGUGCUUUAUGUAAGUGUGUAGAUGUUGAAAAUGAGUAAUUUGUGUGUUGAUUUCCUAGAAUUUACGUAAGAGGUCUUAUAACCUUACUUUUGAAAUGUGUACUUUGUUUCCCGCACUACACUCAACUUAUAAUUUUCUACCAUAGUGAUGGAAGGUGGCCUUGGGUUGCAGCGCCCUGAACCUCCCCCUCGUUCCCGGAGUCCCAUCGCACCUCGAGUCAAGAAACCUGUGCCGUUGCCGCGACGCUCCGUCAUGGACGCCAACAAACCCCCCACCACCACCACCCAAUCCGUCAACGGGUUCAUGGAAGGCGCCGGUAGCAGCAGCAGUAUCAACAGCAGCGGAUCUGAAGACAAGAAGAACAACGAAUCCAGGGGGCGAAGUGGUAGUGUGAUUGAGGAGACUCUGACCAAAGGCUACAAUACGUUGACGAAAAGUUUGAAAAAAGAAAUGAAAUCCGCAUCGGGGUGUGUGCAGGAAAAAGGGAAAGCUGUCAUUGAAGGCACCAAAAACGUUAGUGUGCGUUUGGAGAAAUCUUUUAAAGGGAUGCUAUAUAAACGACAGUGUGCUUCGGUUGUGUUCCCUUCCCCGGCAAAUCUUGAAGCUAAACCCUACGAGAGAUGUCAAUCCCUGCCCGGUGAAGAGAUAUUUAGCAGCAUAUCUUUCGAUUCCCCCAUGAGUGUGGAUGGUGGAAGUGUGAAGAACGAAAGUUUGACCUCGGAUGACCUUGAGGAGAGCGCUCCACCUCCCUUCCCCCCACCACCUCUCCCCGACGAAUCUCUCUACGACGAAGUGUCUAUCAGAUCCGGUCAUUCCGGCGGCGGACACAGCUAUGAAAACUACACACUUCCUUCCAUCAUGGAGACUCAAUCUCAUACAAAUUCAUACUAUGAAGAACUACCAAUCAUGAAGAAGCUGAGUAUGUUCCAAGACAGUGAUUCCGAGGGCUCUUUCAAUGACACACUUAAAUCUAGUAGAGGAAAAGAUGUGAAACGAUCCGAAUCGUGGUGUUUUUAUGAUUCUGUGGACAACCCAGCCCGACCCCGCAGUGAAACUUACGAGAAUGUCAUGUUGAAAGAUAGGUUGAACUUCAGCUCUGCCUCUAAUAUCUACUCGGAACUACCUUUGGGAGGGGUGGUAGUGAUUGGUGGUACGAAACAAGACUCAAAUAAAUCUUCUGAUAAAAGUUCGACUAGUAGUGAAGAGUACAGUGUAUCAGCUUCCCAACCCGACAGCUUGGCUAGUUCGUUAUCUGUCGCCAAUGAGCUGUACGACAACUGGAGUCCCUCGCCACUGAAACGCCAGUCAAACCUCGACGAAGACGCUCGGAUUCGAGCUCGAAACCGACGUCUGUAUCCCUCGAAAUCUGUGAUUCUAGAGUUUGAUCCUCUCUAUGAAAACAUACCGUACAGUGCGUUGAAGGAAAGCGAAGAGAAUGAUAGUGUGAUCGAUGGAGAACAAAGUGAGCCGAGUGUUGAGGAUUGUGAGAUGUAUUCCGAGGGUUCAAUACCGAUCCCUGUACCACCUGAACGAUUUGAUUCGAUUACUACACUGUCCCCAACGAAUUCGUCUCCCAAGAACAUACCCAACGAUGUGGAGUACUAUCUGUACCACAGGAAGAAGGAGGACAGUGGUGGGGAUGUGGUGAAGGUGUCCACAGAAAAUAGUCCGAAAAAUAGUCCUGUCGGUAGUCCGAAAACUGCUACACCGAUCCCGGUUGUUGAAGAGGGGAAAGACGAGGAAGCCGAUUGUCGCUCCUUGUCCGAAUCUCCCGAGCGGGAAGGUUCCCCAGGGAAGAGGAAAGCUUCAAAUCUUGUGAGGUGGACAAGUAUGAAACGAGCCAUAAAAGCAGUGGCGGACGGGUCGAACUGGUCACCAGGUGUAAUGAGACGUAUCAGUAAAUCUAAUCAGAAACUGGACCAGGAACCUCUGAAGCAGGAUUUAGAACGACCGGUGCCUGAUCCUUCGUCCUCCAGGAUUCAUGGAGGCUUCGUGUUCCGGUCGUCGUCUGGUGGUGAGAAGCAAAAGGAUUUUGUUCCGAAAUGGUGUCAGCUGAGCGAGGGAAAGCUGACGUUUACUGUGGAGAAGAACGGGGCUUGCACCAAGGAUUUCAUACAGUUGGACACGAUUUGCAGUAUACAAGUGAUGCGGGACGUCAAGCACAGUGGAGAUGGGGAAGACGUGCAUUGUAUGGAGCUAACCGUGACGCCAAGAGCUAAAACUCAUCUGAUUGGUUCGCCUGGGACUACGGAACGACGAAUCUGGAUGCAAAAACUGUUGGAAAGUCUCACUUCCAUAUUCCCAGCCAGGCUCACCGCUGACUACACAAGGGCAGGGUGGUGUUUUCUCAAGGAAGGUAUAGGCGGGGAAUGGAUGGUGUCUUGGAUACUUUUGAAUAAGAGGACGCUCUACUAUAGUCAGAGCAAUGGACGCCUCAAAAAUGUUGACUUGCGGAAGGCGAGAAGUGUUGGCCUACAGGACGGCGCUGCCUGCCCGCGAGUGACGGAGGAAGGUCCUCACAUCCUGGUGGACUCGACUGACCAGUCGGUCUACCUGCAGAUGGACGUGCCCAAGGAGACCAAGUCCUGGCGACAAACUAUCAAGACGGCAGCUGUCGACAACGGGCCUAACCUCAGCGAUCAGCAGCUCUCCAAGAACAACAUCCCGGUCAUCGUUGAGAAGUGCAUCAAUUUUGUUUAUGCGCAUGGUCUGAUGUCGGAAGGCAUCUACCGGCGUUGCGGCGCCAAUUCGAACGUGACAAAGCUGCUGUCUGCGUUUCAGACGGACGCGUGGGCGGUGCAGCUGAGCAGACAGGACUACACCGAGUACGAUGUUGCCAAUGUGCUCAAGCGCUUCUUUCGCGAACUACCCGAGCCCGUCUUCACGGCGCAUCUGCACAGACAUCUUUGUAAUACUGCAGUACUGAAGUGUACAGAGGAGGAGAAAUUGUCGAUCUACAGGACUCAGCUGGAGCAAUUGCCCACUGUUAACUACCUGACAAUACGGCUGCUGCUGUCUCAUCUCUACGCACUUGACCAGCAGAGGGAGCGAAAUCUCAUGCCCAUCAAAAACCUGGCAGCAAUUUGGGCGCCCACUCUUAUGCAUGUCGAGUCAGUAAACUCGACAGGGGAAGUGAACUGGUCCCGCCAGGAGUCGGAGGUGAUAGGCGAGUUGGUGCAACUCUACCCGCAGCUGUUUAUGGUGGACGAGGAGGAGAUCGCCAGGGAGAGACGCAUGGCGGAGGUGUUGGAGCGCUAUCACCAGAGCAGCUCCCAGCAACAGCCGCAGGUGAUGGCCCCGGCUGGAGAUCUGCGCAUUUGGAUACAUAUCGGCAGCAAGGACUCUACCAACUGUGUGCAAGUCACCGUGAACCCCUUGCGCUUAUCAGGCGACAUCUGUGCGGCGCUGAGUGACAAGACGCCGCACCCACCGCACCGACUGUGCUUGGUUGAGACAGUUCUGGACGGCGCCCUCACGCGCCCGCUGCACCACUCGGAGCGAGUGCUGGAGUCUGUGCUCAGGUGGAGCUACUGGGACGACGCAGACUGCAAGAACAACUGUCUUGUGUUGGCUGAGAACACGCUUUUCGAGGAGGUUAUGCCGCUGGCUAAACAAGCUGUUCCAAAAAGUGGAGAGCUGAAGUUUGCUGAUCUGAAAUCGAAAUCUUUCAAGUCAUACGUCUUUGAAUUCAGUCAGGCUAAGCUCUCUUACUACAAAGACAAGUCUGGUUCAUGCAAGCUUGGUGAGUGGAGGAUUGAAGACAUUUCGUGGUACCUGGGACAUGAGCCUAAACGAAAUCCACAAAUGAGGUGGUCAAUAACCUUCGUUAGCAAAAACAAUAAGCCUAAAAGAUGCAAAGAAACGCCAUUCUUCGGCUGCACAAUUGCAGGACCCAGCCGUGAAGAGCAGAUGAGGUGGAUUGCCGCCAUGCUGUUGGGCGAAUAUCCUCACAGCGACCUCCUGCCCCCUCCCAAGCACGUCAAUCUCAUGGAGUAGAGAAGAUCAUCAACCAACAUCUCCCAGAAAGUGAAACCGAAACCAUGAGAAUAGAACAACGACUCUAGGAUUAAAUUUGGCCUUCAGUAAGCGACUUCGUGAAUCAAUACAAUCUCAAAUGAGUGAUUCGCGAUUAUUUGAAGUCAACACAAUCUCAAGUGCGUGAUUCACGAUUAUUUAAAGUCAACACAAUCUC